CUUGGUUCCGACCACCACCAUCGUCCACAUGCCUCGCCCGCCACCGCCGCCAGGCUUUGUUCAGCUCCUUUUAUUACCUCAAGAUUCGUUUUACUUGGAAGUUCCUAUGCAAAUCGCGACGACGGUCUGUCUAUACCCGUUAAAAUAUCUUCGGUAUAUUGGCUGGUGUGUCCUAGGCGUUAUUGGGACCCUGGUUGGUGAGACUGGGGAUGCGGUAGAAUUGGACGGCGAGCUGGUGGAUCGGGGAGUCUACCGAUACGAUGUGCCUGGUGGAAACAUCCUCUCUUACGCCGUUGACCCCGAGGUCAUCAAACAGCGAACCCAUACGCACUCUGCAACUACGGCUACCCGCGAAAACUUUCGUGAGAAGGUAUUAAAACGCGAUGGUCGAUGUGUGUGGACCGGCAUCGAUGAAGGGGUUGGGAUGCAUAUUAUUCCUUAUGCACGAGGCGACGAGGCAUGUCCACGCAUUGUUCCCUUCCAUGUCACUUAGUUUGGUUUUUCCUACAGUGGAUACAACUCAUCAUCGAGAACCGGCCAACCGAAGAGGAUCUGACGACACUGCGCAGCAUCAAUGAUAUUCGCAAC